AUGUCGUACUUCAGCUCUCAAUUCUCUUCCUCUCCUGUCCUUACCAUGUCUCCCCAACACGCCCACCAGUCCAUGGGCAUGGCAAGCUUCGGACACCAUACACCAUCUCGAUUUGCACCUAUGCCAAGCCAGUUUGCUGCUGCUCAGCCUGUACGACCUGCUGCAGCUGGCAGAAAGCGUUCCCGGGAAGAGGCUUCCGACAAUCUUGAGCCUGAUUUGAAGAACCUGCCCGUCGAAGAACCUGAAGAAGAAUGGAUCUAUGGCCCUGGCAUGACCUUGGUCAAAAAGAGCAGCGGCUAUAUCACUGACGCGAGCAGCCAGUCUGGCACUUGGGUCGAGGAGAAGAAGGCUGCUGAGGCUGCCGCCAUCAAAGAGGCGCGCUCCUUGAUCAGGAACCCAAAACUGCAGCGCGUUUCUCCCACACUAUCGAGCGCACAUGCAGCUGGCAUAUCUACCCUCAAGUCAGAAACCAAGCCGGCUGUUGAGGGACCCAUUGUUGAUACUUUCACCCUGCACCUCGGCAUUGGCUGGCGAAAAAUCAGCCAAGAAGACCACAUACAGGCAGCUGCUCGUGGCUGGGCUCGAUAUAUCGAAAACCACUAUCCUGUUUCCAAUGCUCGAAUUCUAUUAGAGAGCAAUGGCCUCCAGUCAUAUCUUGUUGAAGCCACGGAAGGUUUCUUCCUCUUUGCCGAGAAUCUCCGCCAAGGUCAGCUUGUUAGCCAAACUGCUGAGGGCGCACUUCAAAAUCUUCAAUGCUCUCCUCCCAUCUUCGACGGGAUGGAGGUUCUUUCAGCAGCCGAAUCUCCUCGUCCAACCAACGCUGUCCCUGACAUGGACAUGCGAAUGGAAUGA